AUGCCGUCUGAUUCACACCUCAUGGAUGAAACCACUCCACUUGGGAGUCUAUUGAACCCUCUCCUGAUGCCGCCACCCACCGAACAGAAAGAAUUGUCCAGAAGUGCUCAAGCCGUCCUGGACUGUUUAGAACUCCAUCGUGCAGGUCAAAGACCACCCCAGUCUUGGUGGCAACACCGGCUCACUCCGCACGACUAUGGAGAGGUCUUGCGUGUGCUAGAUGGCGACACAUCUCUUCGAGGUUACGUGGAAGACAAAGUAAGGCUCGACUACGACCCUUACCGGUCCCUUAUAACUAUCCGAAUACCGACUCCUCUUCAUGACAUAUUUUGUGCCAGGCUAGUCUCUGAAGUUUCAACCCAAUUAGUGAAGUUCCAAAAAAGCAAUAAACCCUUUGCUGAUUUUGCGAGGAAGGUUGAUCAUAAAUCCACUACCCGAAUUUGGCUGCCGAAUGAAACAACAAAUGGAGAGCAAACUCGCUCCGAACGGAGCCCAGAUGCAUCAUUCAAGCACGAGCAGGCAAAAUACCCUGGUGUUAUUAUAGAAGUGUGCUAUACGCAAAAAGCUCGAGCUGCUGCGGACUUGGCGGAUGAUUACAUCCUGGACACUAAUGGGAACGUGAAAGCAGUGAUUGCCCUCAACAUUGAGUAUCGCGGGUCUAAAAAAGCGACUAUAUCUAUUUGGCGACCAGAGGAUAUAACUAUAGAUGGCGUGGAGGAACUUCAGGCAAUCGCUAAGGUCGACGCGCUGCCUUUUCGAACAGAAUCUGGGCUUCCAGCCGAGGAACCAGCUGAGGGACCAGCAUUUCGGCUGUCGCGUAGAGACUUCGCUCCCACCAGUAUCUCACUGGGCUACACCGACCUCGAUCAGUAUAUCUCUAUCUCAUCGAAGAAACUCUACGACUUCCUUUUGUACGCCGAAGCAGAACACCAACAAGAAUUGCUAGACGAAGGCAUCGCUGAUCCAUUUCCUCCGGGGAGGAGAAAGCGCCGUCGACUUCGAACUCCUCCUGAACACCUAAGUUCGGAAGAAGAACUUACCGAGACAAUGAAAGCAAUAAAACGUGGGUGCCUUACGCGAGAUUCAUCCGGGCAUAGAAUCCGGGGAUCUGAAAGCUGA